AUGAAGAGGACACUCCUGCUCGCCGCAGCCUAUCUGCUCCGGUCUGCAAAUGCGGACUGUGCUGUAUACACCGUCCAAGCCGGGGAUACCUGCGUCAGCAUUGGCCGGUCAACUAAUGCAACGUAUGCGCAGCUUCUGGCUUGGAACUCGGAAAUCAACAUUCAAUGCUCGAACCUCGGGAGUCUCACCGGUUCGGAGCUGUGCGUGAGCAAUCCCUUGGGCAAUUAUGGAAUUCCUACGAAUACCUUGGGCAGUCCCGAGAUUGUAACCACAGUGGUGCCCGCCCCGUCGCCAACCCCAGACGACACAAACUCGAACUGUGGCGAGUACUAUCUUGUAGUGACAGGCGACGACUGCGGGACUGUGACCACCCAAUUCCAAAUCACAUUAGACGAUUUCCUCUUCCUCAACCCACAAGUAUGGGACAACUGUACCAACCUCAUGAGAGACUACUAUUACUGCGUACGCCCAGUGGGAUACAUUACGACGUACCCUGGAUACGGCGGGUCAGCGACGACAGAACCAUUCGUGCAGACUCCCUCGACUCCGGUCCCGGAGAACCCGCUCGCAAACUAUUCUUCCUCGCAGCCAGUGAUCCCAAUCGCAAAUAAGACGCGGCUUGACUGCUACCACUACAUCACAUUCGACAAUAUUACCGAAAAUGAGGCCGCCAACUGCUGGAACCUCGCUGGAAUAGUCGGAGUAUCUCCCGAGGAACUCAUCCUCUGGAACCCCUCCCUAGCAGAAAACAGCACAAGUAUCGAGCCACCCGCCACGAUAACAACCAGCAGCGUCACCCGAACGAUAACCAGCAACCCCUACGCGUACCCCUGCACAUUGUCCGAAAGCACCUCCUACUGCGUCGCCGUCGCCUCCCCAACAACAAGCGAUGGCCAAGCGUCAGCCAUCGCAACGCCAGUCCCACGCGCCGCAGGCGAAAUCGCAAACUGCACCCAGUGGUUCCAUGUCGAAUCUGUCCGUGAUACCUGCGAGAGUAUCCUCAACACGUACUGGCUUGCUUUUGAGGAGUUCUAUGCGAUGAACCCGUCUGUUAAGGAGGACUGCAGCGGGCUUGUGUUGGGGACAUAUUAUUGCGUCUCAACGUAUCCGGAUGGUGUUCCGCCGGGUCAACCGGACUGGACGGGACCGACGUUUCCACUGCCUGAUGAGACAGCGACAGCAACAAGUACAACGACGUCGACAUCUGGUGUGUCUACGCCGUCCCCUGUCCAAACGGGGAUUAUCGAAACGUGCAACGAGUUCUACAAGGUUGUUACAGGCGAUACAUGCUAUGAUAUCGCAGUAGAGAACGAUGUCGCGCUGUCGGAUUUUUACGAUUGGAAUCCGGCUGUCAAGACGGAUUGUACGGGGCUACAGGCUGAUGUGUAUGUAUGCGUUGGGGUGCAGGCUCCCAGUAGCACCACCACUACAACAAUACCGACAUCUGAUGUCUCUACCCCUACACCUAUCCAAUCCGGGAUGGUCACUACCUGCAGCGAGUUCUACUUCGUUGCCAGCGGCAACAGCUGUUACGACAUUGCAGUCGACAACGGUAUCGAACUAGCAUCCUUCUACGACUGGAAUCCCGCUGUGCAAACUGACUGUUCGGGUCUCCAAGCAAAUGUAUACGUCUGUGUGGGCGUUUCAGGGGGCACACCUACCGCAACAACAAGUAUAGCGACAAUGUCGACAACGGCGAUUUCAACACCCACACCAACGCAAGCAGGUAUGGUAGACAACUGCGGGGAGUUUUACCUCGUCCAGGCGGGAGACGGGUGCUGGAAUCUGGCAAAUGAACAGGGGAUUGCGCUGGGGGCCUUUUACGUGUGGAAUCCGGCUGUGAAAGAUGAUUGUUCUGGGUUGCAGGCGGAUGUCUAUGUUUGUGUUGGUCUUGCAUAG